GGUAGAUAUUACAUAAUUUUUAUUCUCAAUGAUUUAUACAUUAUUUUCCUUGAUAUAGAUCUAUCAAAGGAAAUUGAUGGAAUGACGAAGGAGUAUAUAGCAGGUGUGAAGACAAUGUCACCAAGUAAACGCAAUGACCUCUUGGAGAAAAUUGAUGAUGCAUUUUCGAAAAGUCGUGAAUUUGGCGAUGACAAAGUUCAGCUAGCAAUGCAGACCUACGAAAUGGUUGAUAAGCAUAUUCGGAGGCUCGAUUCGGACCUUGCGCGCUUUGAAAUGGAGUUAAAAGAACGACAAAUGGAACAAGCUCCCGAUCACAUUGAUAGCUCUGCAGACAAGAAUAAGAAAGGGGGAAGAAAGAAGGAGAAGAAAAAGCUGAAGAAAGGGUCAAUAUCAGAUGAUGAAAUUCCAAAAACAUCAAAAAAGAGAACAAAGAUGCAUGUAGUUGAACCAGUAACACCGAUUCUGACUCUUCCAUCUGUAAUCACUACCCCCUCCGAUGUUCUUGACAUGCCAGUAGAUCCAAAUGAACCAACAUAUUGUUUAUGUCAUCAAGUAUCGUAUGGAGAAAUGAUAGGAUGUGAUAAUCCUGAU